UUAACCAGCAACCUUUUAUUUGCAUUCCUUCUUGGUGGCAACAUUAUUUAGUAGUUUUACAUAAAAAUAACAGCUCUGGAAAUAUGUUUUUUCUCGAAAGCCUCUCUUGGGGUGCUCAGGACACAAUAUUGCUGUCAUGUUACAAAAUUGCAGCUCCUACAUCCGCCUCCCAAGUAUUGAAUGUGGCUGCUAUGUGGCCUAUUGGACGCAUGAUGGCGCUGUUGGUAAAAUAAUUGAUGGAACUAGCACUAUUGACAGCGUUCUGAAAAAUAAAAUAACACAUAAAUGGUUAUGUAUGAUCUCUUUAGGAUUAUUUAUAGUCAAUCAAUUUGUUUUGUAAAUUAUAUUUUACUUAUGCUUUACCUAAAGCCACAAGAAAUGUAACACAUAAGCUAAUAUUUGAAUAUAUUUACAUUUCUAUUUAGUAUAACAAUAACAACUCACCAGAAGAUCAUCAAUGCAAAUGAAAAUUGUAUACAGUAUUAGCAAUUUAUAUUAUUUUACACUGAAGGUAUUGUUCACAUAUUUUGUUGUUACUCUUAUUUAUUUUUGGUAUCUAAUUACAUUCGAUUGCAACGAUUGCAUGAAUAAAUUUUCCUGAAGGAACUCUCCUGAAGGAAUCAAUAAAGUACUAUCUAUCUAUCUAUCUAUCUAAAUGUAUGUUUAUUUCAACAAAAGAAAAUUAGUCCAUUGCCUACUAAUAUUUUUUAUUAUGCAUUUAAUAAAAUGUACACAAUGAGGGAUGAAAUCCGACUUUAUAGCAUAUACUGUACAUUGAAAUUGUGUUAAAAGAAAACAACUUUUUUUUUUUUUUUAACAAAUAACAUGUUCGGUCAACUUCUAUAAAUUAUUUUUUCUUUCUAGAAGCCACCAUUGUUCGGUUCAAAAUUACGAUCAAGUUUUAAAUUAACAGUCGGUAGUGGACUAUUUUGCUCAGUCACUCAAUUGCAGUUAUUGUAUUUCCAUCUUCUUGUAAUAUACUUUAUAAUGAAAAGUAUUGUCUUGAAUGUGUUAAAAUUCAUAUUUUUUUUUUAAUCCUAUUUCCAUAUGAAUAAGCAGAUCAACAGUUUUUGACCGACAAAACGUUCUGACUAAACAUUAUUUUCCUUAAUUUUUUAAUGCGACUAAUGUAAAUUGCAGUCAGUUAAAUUUGGGAAUAGAUUAAAAAACAACUACAAAAUACAUAGUUAAAACUAAUAUGUUUGCAAAUCAGCCUUAAUAAAUAAUUCUCAGGAAAAAAAUAAGUGUGCAAAUUAAAAUACCUUAUUUCCUUCGUCACAGUGUUUGUUCUUCAGCCUAAUUGUCAUUGGAAUGACUUGUUUGUGUGUGUUGUUUCCCUUGACAACAAACCAGGACUGUCGGCCUCUCACACUGCGUGCAUGGCACCGCUGUCUCGGGAAAGACAACCACUAGACAACUCGCCUUGAUGCCCCCCCCUUCCCUCCCACACACACACCGAGAAAAGACCUACAUCUUUAUACACGCCAUCUUCCCAGUGAGCAGAGCCAGAUUAACAUGGAUCAGUGUGUCGACUCGUCCCUUUGUGAUGACACUCACAGCUGCACUCAACACAUUGAACAUCCGGAAGCUUCUGCAGGCUGAGUGACAUGCGCAGUGUGGUCACAACACAUCACCACGGCAACCAUCUUUCACAGCGAGUCCCCAGCAGCAUCACUGGCUCGCGAUCAUCUCCCGUUGUCCGCAGAGCAGAGAAAACCGCAUCGUGUUCAAGCAGCAGUGCAGUCAUGGUGAAACUGGGCACUAAUCUGGCUGAUAAAAUGGAGAAGCAGCCGUGUGCAGAUGAUGGCUUUGAUAACAUCCCCCUCAUCACACCCCUGGAGGUCAGCCAGCUCCAGCAGUCAUUUGCAGACAAGGUCAUCGUGAAGACGUCCACUCAUUACCAACUGCAGCAGCAGAAGAAGAAGAAGAGCAAGUUUUUUAUCCCCAACAUUGAGAAGCUGAACAUCAGCCUGUACAAAGAUGUCUCGGACAGAGCCAAGAUUACAGGACUGAUUCUCAUCAUGUUGGCCUUCCUGACCAGCUUGCUCCUCCUGUUGAUGUACAAAGCAAUGUGGUACAACCGCCUCACCUGCCCAGAGGGGUUCAUCCUUCAGCAGAGACACUGCACUCCGACCGCUCUGGAAUUGUUCCCCGCCGAGCAGCCGAACCCACCUGAUGUCCAAGGCGGCAACAACCCCGGGCUGUACACCGCCCUCAGCCGUCUCAACCAGGUGAAAAGGGCGGGGCCUGAGCUGCCAUGGUUACCCGUCAUCCGAGCUCUGAAGGAGACGGACAGGACCAAAGAAGAGAGCCACCAGCAAGCCAAAAGUGAACGAGCAGGAGAUGAGUGAGGAGAUGACAACCAUUUGCUUGAUUUCAUGUAUGUUAGUCAUACUUCAGUGCAGCCCAUGAUCAAUCUUGUGUGUAUGAAAGCGGCUGUGCUCUAAAAGCUAGAAUGGUAUUAAAGUGUUGUAAGAUAUAACUUGCCGUUUUUUAGUGACUCGUGACUAGACUGCGUUUACACCACACAGUAUUGUGUGUGUGUGCGUGCACAUUUGUGUUAAGCAGUGGUUCUCAAACCUCAGAAAACCCUUGGCCCUUCAAGUACCACCAUAAUAACCAACAUUAAAAGACAGUAGCGUAGUUGGCCUAGGUAUUCAUCCAAAACAGCGUUGUUUUUUAUAACAAGCAUAUUCAAUAUUUUCGGCCACUGUAACAUUACACACUUUGACCAGUAACACUGCAUAUAGGACAAUAAAACACUGUACUUUCAUAUAGUGUCUUUUUUUGGGCAUAGCACAGUUGAGAAUCACUGGUGUACAGUAUGUGUGUGGGUAUUUAUUAUUUGCUCUUACCGCUACCAUUAAAGCUUGAAAAUACACCUCGCAACCUCGUGUUCCAAAAUAUAUAUUGUGAGUGUGAAAACUGGGCCCGACAAGAAUUGUCCAAGUUAUUGUAAAUGCACUGAAUGUAACACUAUUUGAACAAAUAUGAAUGUAUAAUCCACUGUGGUGUUUUAGUUUUUUAUAGCAUUAACAUACUAUAUGUAUGUCAAAGUAAGCAAAUCUAGCAUUGGCUGUUAAUAAAAUACCGAUACCAUCUUAUUUAUAUGAACUGGUGGUUAUGUCUUUUGUGUAGGAAGAGUGUGAAAUCACAGCACAGCUUGUCCUUUCAUCAUUUCCAUCACUUCCAUCUGCUCUGACGUCGCCGUCUCAACACAAAUAAAGGUGUGGACUUC